CUUCUUAAACAUGUGAUGGAGCAUGUUUCUAAAACAAGUUCCACGAUUUUAAGCUCUUUAUUGCCUCAUCAUUCUGCAUUAGCUGUGCUCAUCUUUUGCACCUUUAUUGAUCUAAAUUUCUCUGUGGACAACUGAAAAUGGACAACCAAAACAUUUUAGUCCCGCCUCUCCAAACGGUCAAGCUUUUCUUCAUGGCAAAAUGGAGUUUCCAGUACUAGGAUGUUCUAGUCAUUUUCUUCUGGAAUGCCAAGGAGAAGAAAGGUCAGAGGGAGCUGAGGAGGAGUAUCAAUCAAAAUGAAUAAAUAAGGAAAUACAAAAAAGUUUGCCAUAUGAAUAAUCUUUAAGGAUCAAUUAACUGAUUCUAAUUCCAUAAAAAACUCUUGGCUUUCCCUUAUCCCCUCCAAAAUCUUUAAAACUUUGAUCCCUUCUUAUUUAAGAAUUGCCAAGUAUGUAUGUUACAACUUACAAUUUCAUUUCCACUACACUUUUUUUUUCUUUGUUUAGUCAUUUUCUUAACUCAAGUUUUCUCAUCCCUUUUCUCCAUCAAGAUGUUGCUUCCAUGGUGUUCAUGUUUAUAUUUUGCUCUCUUGCUGUGCAGUUUUCAAUUAGGAUUUGCCAAUGAAAACUUCCUAAAAUAUGGUAAGGGGUCUAAUCCUCACAGAAAGACACUGCCUUACAGAACACUCCUUAUUGAUAAGUCAGGCCAUGGGAAUUUUUCUAGUAUACAAUCUGCCAUUGAUUCGAUGCCAUCAGACAAUAAGAACUGGGUUUGUAUCCACGUAAGGGCUGGAACAUAUAGGGAGAAGGUUAAGAUCCCUUACAACAAACCAUAUAUCAUUCUCAGAGGAGAGGGGAAAAGAAGGACAAAGAUUGUUUGGGAUGAUCAUUUUUCAACAGCACAGAGCCCCACUUUUGUUUCUUUAGCAGAUAAUAUUGUAGUCAGAAGCAUUACCUUUGUAAACUCCUAUAAUUUUCCACAUGAUAACAACCCAAGAUUGCCAGCAGUAGCUGCUAUGAUAACCGGGGACAAGACUGCAUUUUACCAAUGUGGGUUUGCAGGGGUGCAAGACACACUGUGGGAUGAGGCUGGCAGGCAUUACUUCAAGCGUUGCACCAUUCAGGGUGCUGUUGAUUUUAUCUUUGGAAGUGGCCAAUCUAUUUAUGAGGGUUGCUCCAUUCAAGUACUUGAAGGAGGGUUCAUCACAGCACAAGGAAGAACGAAUCCCAGUGAUGCAAAUGGGUUUGUGUUCAAGGGGUGCAAUGUGUUUGGCAAAUCUUCAGUUUACUUGGGAAGGCCAUGGAGAGGUUAUUCUAGGGUCUUAUUUUACAAGUCAAAUUUUUCAAAUAUUGUAGAUCCCGAAGGAUGGAAUGCUUGGAACUUUGUUGGCCAUGAGAACCAUAUAACAUUUGCUGAGUAUGGCAACUUUGGGCCAGGAGCUGAGAUUUCAAAGAGGGUUAGCUGGGCAAAUAAGCUGAGCCCUCAAUCCUUGGAAGAAUUAACCAGCAUGUCUUUCAUUAAUGCUGAAAACUGGAUCGAAAAACAACCUAUUUAGAUGCAAGCAGAUAUCUUGUGUCAUACAAGUCCCUCGAAGUCGUUUUUUAGAUAACUUUUCAGGCAAACUAUAUGUUUAUUUUCCAUUUUCCAUGAAUGAAUGCAAGCUCGUUUUAUCAGAUGAUGAAGCAGUGGAGUGCACAAAGCCAUAAAAACCCUUGGAUCCAUCAUGUACACCAUUUGUGGAAAAGGUCCCGAGAAUGAAGAGUCCUUGAUGUUGCGGAUCCUACUUCCUACGCUGAUAUAGACUAGUACAAAACCUGUGCAGCAGAUGAUGCAUUGGGUUCAAUAGGCCUGCAGAAACAUGCAACCUCGAGUAAAAGUGCACCAGAAGCUUGAAGUUGAAAUGCGAAGAUUUUACUUAUUUCAUUACAAACAAAUGGAUGGUUAAUCUUCAUAUGAGUAGGUCAAUAGUGUUGUAUAUUCUUGCAGGUGCAUUCAGCAUUAUGUAGUCCAGUAUGCCUCUUCGCACAAGUUCCUGAUCCACCACCGAUUUCAUUAUCAAACAGAAAAAUCAAUUCUGGAUAACUCAUUUGCCAUGCUGAACUCGAAGCAUCAAUGUAACUGGGAAAUGGGAUAAACCAUUGAAUCUCUGUUAUGAUUGCUAGAUCAGACUCAUAAUUUCACAUGGAAA